AUGUCUGCGAAAGAAGCCUCUGGCGAAUGGACUAUGACUCCGUAUAUUAUGCAGAGCCUGCUUCUUCUCUUGGCCCCAGCCCUGUUUGCGGCUUCGAUAUACAUGGUCCUUGGCCGCAUCAUUCGGCUGACUGACGGCGAAUCUCAUUCUAUUAUCAGGGCCAGAUGGCUCACAAAAAAUUUCGUGGCUGGGGAUGUCUUGUCGUUCCUUACACAGUCUGCCGGUGGUGGCAUGCUCUCUAAGGCAAAGGACGAGAAUGCCGUCAAACUAGGCAAUUGGGUCAUCACUGGCGGCCUUAUUAUCCAGAUUAUGUUCUUCGGUGUUUUCAUCAUCGUCGCAGGGAUCUUCAACUACCGAUUACACAAAGUGCCAACAAACCGCUCUUUGUCUGCCAAUAUUCCAUGGCAACGUUAUCUCCUCGUUCUGUACGCAGCUAGCGGCCUCAUCAUGAUCAGGUCGACCUUUCGUGUGGUCGAGUAUAUCGGGGGGCAGGAUGGGGUGCUUCUUUCAAAAGAGAUAUACCUCUACAUAUUCGACGCGGCACUCAUGUUUUUGACUCUGGCAAUCUUCAAUAUUUGGCAUCCAAGCUCAAUCAUCUCGAAAGCGACUAUGCGUCUAUGGAGUUCUUCCAGCCAAUCCCAAGAUGUUGAACAAAAUGCGAGUAGCAGCAGCAAUUUCCAACUUCGAAAAGUAGGAGAGAUUUAA